CUUCAACCACAACAACGAAUGCCCCUUCAACCACAACUAGCGCCCCCUCCACCAUAACAACAAGCGCUCCCUCUUCCACAACGACCAGUGCCCCUUCAACCAUGACCAGCGUCCCCUCCACUACGACGAUCAGCGCGCCCUCCACUACGACAACCAUUGCACCUUUAACCAUAGCCCCUUUUUCCUUGACCACAGGAACCAGUGCUCCCUCCACUACAACAGCCAGCAUAGCAUCCACUUCAACAACCAUCGCCCCUUCAACCACAACCCCUGUUUCCUCGACCACAAAAACAAGUACUCCCUCCACCACCACAACCAUCUCCCCUUCAACCACAACAAAAAAUGCCCCUUCAACCUCAACAACUAGCUCAGCCUCCAGUACGACGACCAGCAUAGCUUCCACCACCACAACCAUCCCUUCAACCACAACAAUUAGCUCACCCUCCACUACGACGACCAUCGCCCCUUCAACCACAACCAGCGCCCCUUCAACCAUAACCAGCGCCCCCUCCACCACAACUAGCGCACCCUCCACUACGACAGCCAGCAUAGCAUCCACUUCAACAACCAUCGCCCCUUCAACCACAACCCGUUUCCUCGACCACAAAAACAAGUACUCCCACCACCACCACAACCAUCUCCCCUUCAACCUCAACAACUAGCUCACCCUCCAGUACGACGAC